CAAAGUGCCGGUGGCGCUGAACGCAGAUAAACUGCUAUUUCCGCUUCCGCCAAAAACGGAGCGAGAACGUCGGCCAUAUUGUCAGAAACUUGUUGUUGAUAGCGUGGUCAGUGAUUUUAGCCCCAGUUUCAAGUAAAUUCGCCACACAGCUCGCUUUCCAGAAUGGUAGGCACGAGAGUCUACAUCGGCGGUUUGCCGUACGGCGCCCGCGAAAAGGACCUGGAGCGCUUCUUCAAGGGCUACGGCCGCAUCAGGGACGUCCUUCUCAAAAAUGGAUACGGCUUCGUCGAAUUUGAGGACUACAGAGACGCUGAUGAUGCAGUAUAUGAACUAAACGGCAAAGAACUCUUAGGAGAAAGAGUUUCGGUGGAACAAGCUCGAGGAUCUGCAAGAGAACGAGAUGGUUAUCGUUCGAGGUCAAGCUACUCCUCCCGCUCGAGGUUUGGGAACAACGAGCGUCGCUGGGGCAGAUCCGGCGUUGAACGAUACGGACCACCGACCAGGACGGAGUUUCGACUGAUCGUCGAAAAUUUGUCAUCCAGGGUCAGCUGGCAGGACCUGAAAGACUACAUGCGCCAAGCUGGUGAGGUCACGUACGCUGACGCCCACAAACAGAGACGCAAUGAAGGACAGACUGUUUCGCCCUCUGAGGGCUCUUCAGUGGGACACGGAGAAAGAAACUCGCGCCGCCAACCGAGUGGCACUGAGCCUACUCGCGGAGGUGGUGCGUCAGGUGUUGUCGAGUUUGCCACCUACCAGGACAUGCGCAACGCUUUGGACAAGCUGGAUGAUACUGACCUGAACGGCCGUCGCAUCCGUCUGAUUGAGGACACUCGUCGCAAGAGCCGCCGCUCUCGCUCCUCCUCCUCCAGGUCUCGUUCCCGCUCCAGGUCCCGCGGACGUCGCUCCCGUUCCCGCUCCAGGGGGCGUUCCUCCCGUUCCAAAUCCAGAUCAAAGUCCAGGUCAAAGUCUCGUGAACGUGAGCGCUCUCGUAGCAAGUCGAGGUCGCGCUCCCGCAGUGCUGGAAAGAAAGCCGGAGGAAGGCCUCGCCGCUCCAAGUCUCCUCGUGACAAGUCACCCAAGAGAGACUCUCGCUCCCGUUCCAAAUCCCGCUCCAGGUCUGCUGACAGAAAGGAGAAGGACACAGAUAAUGACAAAGGCUCCUCUCCUGGAGCCAACCACAGCAAUGGCGAUGAUGGUGGCCGCGACCGUGACCGUCGUUCCGCAUCUCCCGAGGCAAAGGAAAACAGCGUUUCGCCCCCAGGUGGACGCAGCGAUGAUGAGUCGGACGACGGCCGUAAGGACGGAAGUGGCGACGAUGAUUGAGCUCUUGACAACUACCUGAUCAGAUCAACAGCAAGAGGUCACUCAGUGUUGACCUGAAUUACAUACACACUUCAUUCGCGCAUUUCUUUUACCGUAUCAUUAAGUUGUCGUGUUCAAGCACUAGAUGAAAUUGAUUUGUGUGUCAACUAAGUAAGAGCGGACAUUGUCAUUUUAAAGACGAACAGUUUUUAUUCAUGUAGUAAUUACGAACAUCCUUAUUCAAGUAACGGGAAGCAUAAAAGAGAUUCCCACCAUUGAUGUCCAGUGUAUCGGAUAAAAAAAUAAAAUGUAUCAAUUAAAUCAACAA